UCCCCUCCUGGUCUGUUUAACUUGCCUUGUUGUAAAUGUCUGAAGUUUGGGAUGAAACUUCAGUUCUCAGAGAAACUCAAUGGGAAGGUGAACACAGACCAUGACGCUCCUGUGAAAAGUUUGAAAGUGUUUGGAGUAAAGCCUCUGGAGACUGCUGGACCCUCUUUUUCACACCUGUUGGUCGAAACUUAUUCAUUGAGCUGAAGAUGAUGUCCGACGCCAGCGACAUGUUGGCAGCCGCCUUGGAGCAAAUGGAUGGAAUCAUAGCAGGCUCCAAGGCCAUGGAUUACUCCAACGGGCUGUUUGACUGCCAGUCCCCCACUUCACCCUUCCUGGGAGGCCUUCGGGUGCUGCACCUGCUGGAGGACCUGAGGGGAGCCCUGGAGCUCAUGGACAACGAGGAGAGGGACAACCUGCGAUGUCAGAUCCCUGAUUCCACAGCUGAGGGGGUGGCAGAGUGGCUGCACGGCCGACUGACGAACGGUCACAGCUCAGAGGCAGUUUACCAAGAGCGCCUGUCACGACUGGAGAGUGACAAAGAGUGUCUUAUUCUUCAGGUAAGUGUCCUCACAGACCAGGUGGAGGUCCAAGGUGAAAAAAUCCGGGACCUAGACUCCUGCCUCGAGCAUCAUCGACAGAAACUGAAUGCUACAGAGGAUCUGCUUCAGCAGGAGCUCUUGACCCGGUCAACGCUGGAGACCCAGAAGCUGGAGCUGAUGACCGAAGUGUCCAGUCUGAAGUUAAAGCUGACGGCCGUGGAGAGAGAUCACAGGGACAAUGAGGGCUUGUACCAGGAAGUAACGGACCUGCGGUUCAGGGUGACUGACAUCGAGAAUGAAAGACUGCAGUGUGAGAAGAAAGUCAAAACUACAAAAGAGGAGCUGCAGCUCCUGCAGAAGCAGCUGGAGGAGCGAGAGGCCGAGCUGAGGAGACUGAAGGACGAGAGCAGACCGAGGACAGACAGCCACAGCAGAGCCGAGGGAGGAGGAGACAGAGAUACAGAAGUGUUGAAGAUGAAGAUGGUUUUGGAGUCGCUGGCGUCGGCCAACGAUGAGAAGGAACGAAGGAUAAAAGAGCUGGAGGAGUCUCUGACAAAGAGCAAGAACGUGCAGGAGGUGGUCAAAGAGAAGUUAAAGGAGGAUGACUAUGACGAUAUCCCAGAUGAUCCCUCUCUUCCUGUAUCCAUGGAGGUGGAGCAGGUCACCGUGGCGCUGGUGGGGGAGGCAGGAAGGAGCUCAGGCGAGUCUAUUCCUUGUAUAGCAGUGCUCUCUGAAAUGAACGAGCUGGACAGAGAGCGACAAGCAGCCCAAAGUUCCUCAGAUGUCUCACCGUCAGACAGCUCAGCCCGGACCAACAGCACAGAGCAGGUCAAAAGUAAAGCAGCACCAGGAUCAUCGGCAUCAAACAAAGCAAGUGAUGACAGCUUUGGUACCAAGAAGGCUCGCUCUUCUUUCGGUCGUGGUUUCUUCAAACUGCGAGGAGGCAAGCACACGGUCAGCUCUCCAAACCUGGCUGAGUCAGAGCGUAAAGGCACAGAGCACCUGGACUUGGCCGGCGUCCCUCCACGAAAGUCCCCCGACGCCGCUCCUCUCCCGUCCUCACCAGAGACCAAGAAGAAGUCCAAAGGCUUCAUGAAGUUCUUCGGGAGACUAAAGAGGAGUCACUCCACCUCCUUUAACCUCGACGAUGCAGCAGACAUGGAGUUCAGGAGGGGCGGAGUCAGAGCCACAGCCGGGCCUCGACUCGGCUGGUCACGUGAACCAAAACACAACGCGGUCGAUGUUCCCUUCUCACGCUGGAGUAAAGAGGAGGUCUGCGGCUGGAUGCACGAGCAGGGCCUCGGGCUGUACGUGGCUCAGGCUCAGAGCUGGAUCAAAUCAGGACAGACUCUGCUGCAGGCGUCACAACACGAAGUGGAGAAGGAGCUGUGCAUGAAGCAGCAGCUCCACAGGAAGAAGCUGCAGCUGGCUCUGCAGUCCCUCGGGUCAGACGAGGAGGACCUCAAAGGCAGACUGGAUCACAACUGGGUGACGAGGUGGCUGGAUGACAUCGGGCUCCCGCAGUAUAAGAGUCACUUUGAUGAGUCUCGUGUUGAUGGACGCAUGCUGCACUUCAUGACCGUGGACGACCUGCUGUCUCUGAAGGUGGGCAGUGUCCUCCAUCACCUCAGCAUCAAGAGAGCCAUCCAGGUCCUCCGCCUCAACGCCUUCGAACCCAACUGUCUGAGGAGACGACCCUCUGAUGAGAACAACAUCACACCGGCAGAGAUCUCCCAGUGGACGAACCACAGAGUGAUGGAGUGGCUCCGGUCGGUGGAUUUGGCGGAGUACGCUCCGAACCUGAGGGGCAGCGGCGUUCACGGAGGACUGAUGGUGUUGGAGCCUCGCUUUAACGUGGAAGCGCUCGCCCUCCUGCUCAACAUCCCUCCCAACAAAACCCUGCUGAGACGCCACCUGGCCACGCACUUCCACCUGCUCGUCGGCUCCGAGGCUCAGCGGCUCAAGCAGGACUGUCUGGAAAACCCAGACUACACCGUCCUCACCGCCACAGCCAAGGUCAAGCCCAGACGCCUCUCGUUCGGAGGUUUCGGCACAUUGAGGAAGAAACGUCACGAUGACGGCGAGGAGUACAUCUGCCCCAUGAAUGUGGAGAUGCCCAAGAACAGCAGCUUCCAGAGGGGGGUCCACAUCUAUGAGGAGAACCUAGAGCACCUGGAACAUAUGGAGGACUCUGAAGGGACCGUGAGACAGAUCGGAGCGUUUUCUGAGGGGAUCAACAACCUCACGAGCAUGCUGAAGGAAGACGAGUUCUUCCACGAGAUCUCAUCCUGCCCUCCGGAGCUCGACGCAGCCGAACCCAACAUCUCCGGCUCGGCUUGACGGAUCCAGAAGGUGCCGACACGACUCUGAAGCUGAAACCGUUCAAAGUGUUGUAUCAUGGAGAAGAACAGCCAUAGCCGUUAUUUUGACCACGUAUAUUUAUUGAAGCUGCCACAGGUGUAAUGCAUGAACUGAAGAUGCAGGUUUUUAAUACAUACAUGUACCUCCUUCUGCAUUUAUUUUAGUAUCAACCCCUUUGUGUUUUUAAACAAUCAUCCAGGUAUUUCGUGAACUUUAAGGAGCGUAACGUCCUCAGCUGCGGCCAAAUUUGAGUUUAAUUUGUGGUACGUGAAGAUGCUUUAAGAUGUGUUAGAGUCAGAUCAGAGGGACGCUCACGGCUGCAGGUUUUGUGGUAUUUGAGGAGGUUUGUGAGACCUCGUUCUGAGCGGGUAUGAUUGGAUGUUUUUGGAUUAAUCACCUGAAGCAGAUACCACAAAACCUGCACGAGUAGAGCCCAACCUGUUUGACUGAAACAACCAGAGGAAGUGAGACAUGAAGGCAAGUCUUUCUUUCCUGAGGCAAGCUGAGAAGAUUCCUCUCAUGUCUGUGCUUGGAGCUGGAAUCAGGAGGUGUUAGCUUAGCAUAAACACUUGAAGCAGAGGGAAACAGUUAGCCUAGCUCUCCCUGUAGUGUCUCUUCUGCACAGAUUAACCAAAUGAGAUGUUACUAAGUGAGCUUAAGACGUGCAGCCAGGCUAAGCUUCUCGCUCUACUACGACUCGUCUCUAUUCUAUGCUAAGCUAAUAAACUCCUGGCUUUAGCUCUUCAUUUCACAGACGCCAAGCUCUCUAUCCUCGCACUCGACCGCCCGAGCGUUUCCAACUCUUUCUCUGAGGAACAGAAACAUGCAAACCAAAGUCUUUGUUUUUAAGUGUUUUGUAAUAAAAAGGAGGAAAUUC